CGAAGAUGUAUUUGAUAAAUAUACGUACGGAAUAUUACACACACCAAAGACGACGGCAACAACGUUUUCCACGUACUGUUAUUGUCGAUUUCGGCAAUCAUCAGUGAGUUUUGUGAUUUUCAUGAAUUGUGAUCGAAACAUACAGCAAUGACCUUGCGUCAACGAUUCUCAAAGGAUCCACUGAAAGUGGUGCGACAACUCGAUGCAUUCCCAAAAGUACCCGAAGAAUGUCAACAAAGCACACGAAUCGGCGGAACACUUUCAAUUAUCAGCCGAAUGUUGAUUAUUUAUCUCAUUUUCAAGGAAACGUUGUACUACAUGGAUUGUAAAUUAGUAUUCAAGUUUAAACCAGAUGUUGAUAUGGACGAAAAACUGAAAAUUCACAUCGACAUUACGAUUGCCACGCCGUGUUCAAAUAUUGGAGCCGAUAUUUUGGACUCGACCAAUCAGAAUGUGUUUUCGUUUGGAAUAUUAGAAGAACAAGAUACGUGGUGGGAUCUAGAUCCAGAACAGAGAACUUACUUUGAGUACAUACAACAUUUAAACGCUUAUUUGAGAGAGGAAUAUCAUUCAUUGAAUAACCUAAUCUUCAAAGAUAUUUUGCACAAAGGUAGUCACAAAACAGCAUACAAUUUGCCUGAGCGCACAGUUAAACCAAACAGACCGUUUGAUGCAUGCAGAGUACACGGUUCAUUGACACUGAACAAAGUCGCUGGAAAUUUUCAUAUAACCGGUGGUAAAAGUAUUCACUUUGCUAGUGGCCAUAUUCACAUCACCAAUCUCUUUGAUGAAGUCCCAUUGAACUUUUCACAUCGUAUCAAUCGCUUCAGUUUUGGUGAUGCCACGUCGGGCAUUGUACAUCCAUUGGAGGGAGAUGAAAAGAUUUUAGAAGAAAGUUCAACAUCAGCACAAUAUUUCAUCGAAGUCGUUCCGACCGACGUGUAUUCGUUUAUGUCACAUAUAAAAACCUUCCAGUAUUCGGUCAAAGAGAAUAUUCGUCCGAUAAAUCACGCCAAAGGGUCGCAUGGAAUGGCAGGUCUCUAUUUUAAAUACGAUGUGUCUGCGUUAAAAGUGAUUGUGAAGCAGGAUCAGGAGGGAUUUAUGCACUUUUUAAUUCGCAUAAGUUCAGUCAUUGCCGGAAUUAUUGUGAUAUCAGGCUAUUUGAAUUCACUCAUUCAACUUUUAGCUGACUUUUUGAUACGAAAAAUAUCACCGCAAACAUACCAACAAUUGCACGAACCAAAUACCUUCGAUGUAAAACCACAAGCAAAGCCGCAACCACAGCCACAGCCAAAUUGGCAACAGCAACCCAACAAUCUCAUAUCGAAUGCAAAUCAAAUGGCCGAAGCCAAUUUCAACUUCACUGUCAAGCAAUAGACCAACCGUUCAAAAUAUAGCCAGUGUGAAUUUAAGAAAAAGACAACUCACAACUUUAUUGUAUAAUGUAAAAAUUUAAUUUAAUAAAAACUGACGGAGAAUUUAUUCAACAAAAUUCAUAUUCACAUAAAAGUACUGCCAAGUGUAUGGAUGCUUGAGACGCGAGACGGAAGUGUUUUCUUCGGGAUAUUUUUGUUGAACUGAUUGCGACAUCGACGUAAUGGCAUCGAUUUGGUCUCGGGCAAUUUGACAAAUAAAAUGAUAGUCAACAAGAGAACACACACAGGUGUGACGACCAACAAAAUUUGCAGAGGAAGUUUUUCUCCAAGAAGCAACAAAAUGGCAAUGGUUCCUUGUAGAACGUAUUCAACACACGUAACAAUAGCAAUUGACCCAUUUCUUACUGACAGUGGAAAGGCUUCGCUUGCAUAAAUCGGCUGAACUGGUUCAAUUCCGAGCGCGGAGAAAAUGUGUACUCCAAAAGUAAUGAGACUACAAAUUAAAAUGAAAUUAGCAACGAUGAAAACCACUGAUCGAACUAUUUUUUGCAGCAUUUUGGCCUGGAACCUAAUCGAUAAAUGAAAUAGAUUGAAUCACCUCAUCAAAUCUCCACGAAUGCGAAUAUCGGUCGUGUGCUGUGCGGCAAACGGUAACAAUAAGAUACCAGAUCCAAGGCCAGAUGUUAACAAAAGGCCUCGUCGUCCCAAUUUAUCGAUGGAAUAUUGUGGAAUGACCAUGAUUAGCAAACGCGUCCCCAUCAAAACCAUAUGCAUUACAUAAUUUAAUUCUUGAUAAAUUGAAAUCGCUGAUAAGAUGAAUAAAUACAUGUUUGCCGUGAGCACAUACAAUAUGCGAAGCAAAA